GUCUACUGCUGGUCCUUGUUAAUUCUCCGGUUCUUCUCCUCAGGUCGCAGCGAUCAAUGAAAGUCCCUGAAACUCGAAAAUCAACUUCUGAAAUUUUGUGUGAACAUCUGGGUAUAAUUUGAGCUGCCCAUUUGACUAAGUUGUAGAAUAUCCAUAAAAUAAUGGGUUUUGAUGUUUAAUCUCAUCGAAUGAGUUCUAUUUUUGUUAAAUCGUGAAUUUAAGAGUGUAGGUAGUGCUGAUUAGGGACUUCGGACUGGGUUUUUUUGGGCAUUAUGGCUAGGCGUCAUGGAUGGCAACUACCGGUUCAUACUUUUCAGAUUGUGGCUAUAACAGUUUUCUUCUUGCUCUCCGUUGCAUACUACGCCUUCUUUGCUCCCUUCCUUGGGAAGGAUAUUUAUGAAUAUGUAGCUGUUAGUGUUUAUUCUAUCCUGGCUCUUGCUGUAUUUAUUCUUUAUGUACGAGCCACCGCUAUCAAUCCUGCUGAUCCUGGAAUUAUGCUGGAAGCUGAUGGGACAAUAGGGCCUAAAUCACAAAAUGGCACAGAUCUACCUGGAAAUGUAUCUUCAAUUGAAGAACCUAGCAAGGUGAGGUUAAAGGAUGGAGGAAAAUCAGCUAGACAUGGUUCAAGUUUGUGCUCGAAAGUUGGGGGUUUCUUUUGCGGUUUUCUUAUUAAACAUGACUGCCGCAAGGAUGAUGAUAUUCUUCAAGAACAAUCUGGGGAGGAUGCUUUAUUCUGUACACUGUGCAAUGCAGAGGUACGCAAGUUCAGCAAACAUUGCAGAAGCUGUGACAAAUGUGUUGAUGGAUUUGAUCAUCACUGUCGCUGGUUGAACAAUUGUGUAGGAAGGAGGAAUUAUAUCACCUUUGUGUCCCUUAUGGCUACUAGCCUUCUUUGGCUGCUUGUUGAAUUUGGAGUUGGGGUUGCUGUCCUGGUUCGAUGUUUUGUUGAUAGAAAGGGCAUGGAGCAUCUAAUAACGGAGAAGCUUGGCAUAGGAUUCUCCCGCCCUCCUUUUGCUAGCGUGGUGGCAGUCUGCACAGCUGUUUCUCUUCUUGCCACUGUUCCAUUGGGAGAGCUAUUCUUUUUCCACAUGAUUUUGAUUCGGAAGGGUAUCACAACAUAUGAGUAUGUUGUUGCCAUGAGAACACAAAGUGAACCGCCUGGACCAUCUGUGGAUGGGGGAGGAGAUCAACAAAGUCUACCGUCUUCACCAACCAGUUCAGCUGUCACUGCUUUGAGUGGAAGAAGCUCUGUUGGAAUGAGCUUGCAAUAUAGAGGUGCUUGGUGUACUCCUCCAAGAAUAUUCAUGGACCACCAGGAUGAAAUUAUUCCACAUUUGGAGCCAGGACGCCUACCAUCGACAGUUGACCCUGAUACAGUACCAGAAGGCGACAAAGGAAAAAGACUACCGCAGCGUCCGGUUCGAAUCAGUGCCUGGAGACUUGCCAAAUUGGAUUCAAAUGAGGCAAUUAAAGCGGGUGCUAAGGCUAGAGCAUCAUCAUCAGUGCUACGUCCCAUAAGUUCAAGACAUCACCCAUAUGACACGGAUCAUUUAUCUAGUAGUAACAUUAGUGGAAGGAGCAGUCCGAUGAGUACCGAUCAAGGGUUUCAUAACACAAAUGGUAGAACAGGGACAUCAAGAGUAGGAGUAUCUCCUUCGAGGAGCAAUUCCUAUGCACCAAGCAAUGUGAGUCAUACUAGCAGGGAUGAUAUAGAAGCAUGCCAGCAGAGUGUUAGUAACUUCAGUAGUGCUAAUGUAUCGAAUCUUGCAACGUCGCCAUUACAGCACCCACUGUCGAACAGGGAUCAUUUUAACCCCAUAUACCAAGCAUUGACAAAUCAAUCUCCAGCAAGGAGGAACGAACCAAAUGGGAAUGCACCGCGUGAAAAUGCAGCUCAAGUUCCUGUAAGAAGAAAUGUUGGUGCAAUGGAGAAUAUGAGAAGUUCAGUUUAUUGGGAUCCUGAAGCAGGACGAUUUGUCUCCUCUUCAUCGAGGGGUGUUGGUUUGUCUAGUGAGGUACCAAGAGCAGAGCUGUUGUACACUGAUCAGUCGAUAUUCUUUGGGGGUCCUCUUGUGAAUGAGGGGCUAAGUAGAGGGACCAGAAGCGGAAGUUCAUUGGGAAGUGACGUGGAUAGAGGAGCAGGAGGCGGAGGUGGAGGAUCGGCAUCAAGUCAAUAUUAUCAACAGAGCAGACCACAAAGGGGUGGUCAACUUCCCGUGUUUGUUCCGAGUGAUUCUCAGCAAAACCAAUUUUCAUCUAGAUUGCCUUAACAAAAUUUUAAAAAAAUUGUGAAAUUGAGGGAUCACUGAUUUUGUUGUUAAUCUGGCAGAAGCAUUAGAUUUUAGACGUUAA